AUGGCGACCAACGCGAUCCGCAGCAAAAUGGCACACAACAACUUUUUAACAUGUACUGUACUUGUAAUUGAUACUAUAGGAGAACUGGUGCCAGUUUACAAGACAGAAUUGAUCAAUGCCUUCCUCUGUGGCACCAGAGACGAGGAUUUCUUGGUGAGAGCCUCCAGCCUGUCCAACCUGGGAGAGCUGUGUCGCGUCCUGGGCUUCCGGGUCGGUCCCAUCGUGGCUGAGGUGUUGGACUGUUCACGAUGCUUGGUGGCCAGAGACCCGUCCGUGGAAGUGCGCAGAGCAGGUGUCAUGCUCGUCUCCUUGCUUCUCAAAGGACUACAGAAAGACGCUCUUGUGGUUCUGCAAGAUGUGCUGUUGGAGUUGUACCGAACCCCUUAAGCACAUCUACUCGUCUGACAGAGACGAUGUUACGCGGCUUCACGCACAACUGGCGCUAGAGGAGCUCAAUUCAGGCACAUUGGCCUUCCUCCUCCCUGCACCAUCAAUGUCAAAGAGAAUUUUUGUUCUAGACCCACCAACAUAAAAGGUAGCCUACAGUUUGUAAAUAUUUUUUAUGAAUAAAUUAUAUAUUUUUAAACUUA